UCGACCGGAUUAUCCGGCAUUUACUAUAACAUGGAUCUGAUCCGUCGGAUCGGAUCCAUGUUAUAGUAAAUGGCCGGAUAAUGGCCGGAUCAAAAAAUGAUCGGAUAGGAUCGGAUAUUGCCGGAUUGGAUCUACCAACACUACUCUUACAUUGAUAUAGGGCUCAUAAUUGUGACUCCUGUGCCAACAAUCGCCAAUCCAGGUCAAUGUCAGUGUACGCCUGCUGCAAACUGUGCUGAUGGUAGUGCUGGAAUUGAUCCCAGGGUUUUAGUUAAUCCCACACCUUCCCUUUGCGUACCACCGAACAGGUUUUGCUGUAAUCUCAUCAGCACGACGACGACACGACCGCCAGCUACGUGCGGGACACAGCAAUUGAUUCCAUUUCCGGCCUAUACUGUAGGAGCUGGACAAGCAUCAUUCUCUGAAUAUCCUUGGAUGGUUGUAAUCCUCGGAAGUGAUAACUCAUUCAUUGGUGGUGGAGUUUUAAUCGAUGGAAACACAGUGUUAACAGUAGCACACAAAGUCACUCCACUGAGGUUUAGUGAAGAUACAUUUAAUAAUUCGUGUAAACUACAGUUCACAAAUGUUAAAAUUGCAAUCUUGUACAGAGUCACGUUAAAAGUUCGUUUAGGAGAAUACCUCCUGAACGCUGUCAAUGAGCCAUACGCCGCCAUAGAAAUUGCCGUGACUGCAAUCCGAAUUCAUGAGCAGUACCAGGUUGCGAACCUGCAAAAUGACCUGGCCGUGUUGAAGUUGGCAAGUUCGGUCGACUUUAACGCAAAUCCACACAUCCGGCCAAUCUGCCUUCCAGCUGCGGGAACAUCUUUUGUAGGACAAAGGUGUUACGUCUCAGGAUUUGGAGCGAGUACCUUGAACGGUGCAUAUUCUACGGUUAUGGGUAAAGUUGACUUGCCGAUAAUGGACGGUCCAACGUGUCAGGCUAGACUGCAAACGACUCGUCUUGGACCUGGCUUCAUUCUUAAUCAGCAAGCCUUUCUAUGUGCUGGAGGAGAGAAUGGGAAAGAUUCUUGUACAGGGGAUGGAGGUGCCCCGUUAGUAUGCCUAUCAGGGACUCAGUGGUUCUUGGCUGGCUUAGUAUCAUGGGGAAUAGGAUGUGGAGUUAACACAAUUCCUGGUGUGUACACUAACACUGGCAAUUAUUUGGGGUGGGUUGCCACUAAUAGGGUUUGACUUUAAUGGCGUUCUGGGUAAUCUUAUAUCUUGUGGUAUUUAUCAUGGUAUGUAUUCUGGUAUUGUGUACACAUAAUGGUAAUAAAUUUUGUAUGUAAUCAUAACAGAUAUACAAAGUGUAGCCUUAACUAAUGGUAAACCCGGCUGUUUAGAAUAUAUAACAAUAUUAAUAAAUAAGAGUAAAUUCUGCCAUAUAGUAAAUGACAAAUUUGAAAUACGAAGCUUGUUGCGAAAUGAGAAUACUGAUUUCACGUUACUUAAUUUGGCAUUUCUUUAAAGUGUUAAAGGAAUUCAGAAUAUGUAAAGUACAGUUGACAAUUUUUCUACCAACUUCACGGCCAUUAUUUUCCGGCUUUUACAAUAUAUCUUGUUUACCGAUUAUCCGUCUUCACUACUUCACAAUUUUUGUCAUUUGUUAAUGAUUACUGGUAAAAAUGUGAAUCAAUUUCUGCAAAGUCAUACUUGUUAAUUUGCUAAUUAUAGAUGCACCACAUCGGAUUUGUUUUUUGUCCUCAUCGCUGAUCUUUUCCUCAUCAAUGUAUGUGUUAGAGUCUUUUUUCAACAUUUUUCAACUUUUUUCUACAACCUAUGUAUAUAUCAAUAUAUUAUUUAGCAGAUAAAAGCCGAAAUUCUGCUAAUAAUGCGAUGA